AUGGCGGCCUUAACAGUUAGCUCGCCAACUCUUGGUGGUUUCACUUUUGAAAACUGCAAAAGAAAUGGAUUCCUGGAAGAAAAAGCAAAUGAACUGGGCUGUAAUUUGCCCGCGGCUCGUAAAACUGGAACUACAAUCUGUGGUGUUGUGUUCAAGGACGGCAUUGUCCUUGGAGCUGACACCAGAGCCACUGAGGGUAUGGUAGUUGCUGACAAGAACUGCUCCAAGAUACAUUACAUAUCACCAAAUAUUUACUGUUGCGGAGCUGGAACGGCCGCAGACACUGAAAUGACCACUCAGAUGAUCUCCUCCAAUCUGGAGCUGCAUGCCCUCUCCACAGGAAGACUGCCUCGUGUGGCCACUGCUAAUCGCAUGUUCAAACAAAUGCUUUUCAGGUAUCAGGGCUACAUUGGUGCCGCUUUGGUACUUGGUGGAGUGGACUGUAACGGUCCUCAUCUUUACAGCAUCUACCCUCAUGGCUCUACAGACAAGCUUCCAUAUGUCACCAUGGGCUCUGGAUCCCUAGCUGCCAUGGCAGUGUUUGAAGACCGAUACAAACCUGGCAUGGAGGAAAAGGAAGCCAAGGCGCUAGUACGCGAUGGCAUCGCGGCAGGAAUAUUCAAUGAUCUCGGAUCUGGCAGCAACAUCGAUCUUUGUGUGAUCACCACUGAUAAGGUGGACUACAUCCGACCCCAUGAUGAGGCCAACAAGAAGGGUAGCAGAACUGGUGACUACAAGUACCAAAGGGGAACCACAGGUGUCUUAACAAAGCUGGUGACACCGUUGACCCUGGAUGUGGUGGAGGAAAGCGUGCAAACUAUGGAUACUUCCUAG